GCAUACAUCGGAAUUAUGUAGGGCGGAUGCUACCCGGUAUCACUCCCACCCUUGGACUGGUCGUCCCAAGCGAGCCAGACCAUAUAAAUACUGCAUUCCCUAUUAGCGCUUACCUGCGUAACUCUCCCCCGCCCGCACCGUCAUCCGCACCAUCACAACUACCGAGUCGGAACAAGUCUCAUCACCAAUCACAUCAAAGCCAGAGAAAAUCGAAAAAAAGAUUCAUGAAAGACGCAGCAACAACAGCAACGAAAGGAGAGUUCUAUUAUUAGGCGUAUUCACGAAGCACACAUUACGUACGAUACACAGCAUCAACCACAUCAACCACCACAACCACCACAACAGCAACUACAACCACAACCACAACGAUCACAACCCCCACAUCCACCAUCACCACCACCGCAACAAAAAAUCCCCUUCUCCACGACCCCCUCCACGCGUCCUCCAUUAAGUAUUAAAACCAACCAACAAACAAGUCCAAAGCAGGCAAGUAUCCAUAUCCGUGUCUCCAUCCCAGCCCAGAAAACCAAAUCUCACAGCCUCCUCCUCCUCCUCCUCCUCCCCAUAUCCAUAUCCAUCAAACCCACCCCCUAAGUCAACAACACCACCGCCGCAGCCAGCGCCACAGCCAAUCCAGCCAGCGCCAUCGCCCUGCUGCGCUCCUCCAUGAUCACCACCACACCACCGGUCUGCGUCUUCGUCGUGCGCGCGCGCUCCCCACCCUCAAUUCCAUCCUCAUCCCCGGAUCUAAGUGCCUCGACUCUCUCGUCCUGGUCCUCGUCGUUGUUGUCGUUGUUAUCCCCGGUAUCCCCGCCGUCGAUCUCAUUAGCUGCGAUUCCGUGCCCGGGCUUGAACCCCUCCCGCUCGUUGUGGUCUUCGUCGUUGCCGUCGUUGUUGUCGCCUGAGUCACCGCCGAGUUCGUUGGGCGAGGCUUCGUUGUUGUUGUUUGCUUCCCCGUCUUCGCUUGAGACGCGCGGGUGCGCGUCCUCGGGUUUGCUGGGCUUGCUGGGUUCGGCUUGCUUGGUUGGCUUGGUGGGGGUCUUGGUAGGUGUUUUGGUAGGUGACUUGGUCGACUUUGUAGACUUGGUUGGCUUUGUCGGCUCUGUCUCCUUGGCGAGCUUGGUUGACUUGGUUGUCUUGGUUGAUUUAGUAGAUUCGGUCGAUUUUGUAGACUUGGUGAAUUUGGUAGACUUGGUGGUUUCAGUCGACUUGGUAGGUGAGGUGUAUUUGGUAGUUUCCGGGCAGUAGGUAGAUUUAGUAGAUUUGGUUGAUUUGGUUUCGGGGCACUCCGUAGACUUCGUAGAUUUGGU